UUGUGAGUGAAGUUUUUUCUGUCUCUCCCAUUUUGUCAGCCGCCAUAUUCGUUUCUUGGUGAUAUAUUUUGCAGUUUUUUUAAUCAAAUUGGUUGAAAAACCUAGUAAAUCUUCAAAUAAACGAAAUGGACAAUGAAUGGGAUGAUGAUGCCUGUACAGUGUCGGCGCCACCACCGUCAAACAACUAUGGAUCCAAUAACUAUAGCUCCAACAACUAUGGGUCUGUAGAUGAAGGCCACAGCUUAUCCAGAGGAAGGGGUUUCACAUCCUUCAAUGAUGAGGUGUCAGAUUUCAAUGGCGGCAGUGACUUCGGUGACCGUCGCGGCAGGGGCGGGCGCGGGGGCCGCGGCGGACGAGGGGGACGCGGCGGGCGCGGCGGCGGCGGCUUCCGGGAUAGAGAGCAACGUGAUGACUAUCAGAAUGGAGGUGACAACUACGAUGAUGAUGAUCACGGCGAAAGACGAGAGCGUGGUGAACGCGGGCGGGGUCGCGGGCGCGGGCGCGGCGGGGGUCGCGGGGGCGGGCGGGGUGGCGACGGGGACAACGGGGAACACGAGCCACAUGCCGGGGAAGAUGGAGAAGUGAAGAAGGCCCCAGUCACCUACGUACCACCAGACCCCACCAUGGACGAAACUGAAAUCUUCAGCAGCACCAUUAGUUCCGGUAUCAACUUCAAUAAGUUUGACUGCAUUGCUGUUAAAGUGAGCGGAGAGAAUCCACCGCGGCCUAUUGAGAGCUUCGAGACGGCGAACCUUCGCAAGUAUGUGCUGGAGAACAUCCUCAAGUCUGGGUACAAGAAGCCUACACCCAUUCAGAAACAUGCCAUUCCCAUCAUUAUGGGUGGCCGCGAUCUCAUGGGGUGCGCGCAGACUGGAUCGGGGAAAACUGCAGCGUUUUUGCUUCCCAUCAUAAACACACUUCUCCAAGAUUCCCGUGAACUGGUUGUUGGGCCUAAUGGAUGUGCACAGCCACAGGUGGUAAUCGUGUCGCCCACUCGUGAGUUGACGUUGCAAAUCUUCAACGAGGCCAGAAAGUUCGCUUACGGCUCAGUUCUCAAGAUAGCCGUGGCCUAUGGAGGCACCGCUGUGCGUCACCAAGGCGAUAAUAUCUCUAGGGGCUGCCACAUCCUAGUUGCGACCCCGGGGCGUCUGCACGACUUCGUCGACCGCAGCCGCGUGUCGUUCGAUAGCAUACGCUUCGUGGUCCUCGAUGAGGCUGAUCGUAUGCUGGACAUGGGCUUCAUGCCCAGUGUCGAGAAGAUGAUGGAGCAUCCCACCAUGGUGUCCCUUGAAAACCGUCAAACGCUUAUGUUCUCUGCGACGUUCCCCGAAGACAUCCAGCACUUAGCAGGGCGGUUCCUCAACAACUACCUGUUUGUUGCUGUCGGCAUCGUCGGCGGCGCCAGCACUGACGUCGAGCAGAUCUUCUUACAAGUCACGAAGUACGAGAAGCAAGGCGCCUUGAAGAACCUCAUUGAGGAAAAUGAAAAGAAGCGCAUCCUAGUGUUUGUUGAAACGAAACGCAACGCGGACUUCAUCGCCGCCAUGUUGUCGGAGCAGCAGAUGCUGACGUCAUCCAUCCACGGAGACCGCAUGCAGCGCGAGCGAGAGGAGGCUUUGCAAAACUUCAAGAGCGGCAUCCAUUGUAUACUGGUCGCUACGGCCGUCGCCGCUCGUGGUCUUGACAUCAAAAACGUGGAUAUAGUUGUGAACUACGAUUUGCCUAAAAGUAUAGAUGAGUACGUGCAUAGAAUCGGCAGGACCGGUCGUGUCGGUAACAGAGGCAAGGCUGUUUCCUUCUUUGAUGCGGAUCAGGAUAACGCCUUAGUGGGAGAUCUAGCAAAGAUCUUGCGGCAAGCGGAUCAACCCGUACCUGACUUCCUCGAGGGCGGCGGGCCAGCCACCUAUAAGGGCAACAAGUAUGGAGGCAGUGACGUCAGAAACUUUAAUAAAGCGAGCGCCGGCGAUACUGCGGGCCAGGAGCCUGAAGAAGAGUGGUAAAUGUAAAGGACUUCUUGAUAUUUUAAGUGAGACCCACAUCCGGGGAAUGUUGAUUGAUUCCCGUGUUGUGUGAGUGUGCAACCAGUGGUGGAUGUGUAUAGUAUCAUUGGUGCUUAUGCUGUGAUCCGAAUGCCUGCAAUUGUAAGAUAAAAUCUUAAUUCCACCAAAUGUGGAACAAAAUUGACAUGAAAGUUCGUAUAACAAAUAGACAAAAGACUGCAACAAAUUGACAAGUGUUAGAUGUAAGAAAGUAAUUUUAAGAUAACAGAUUAUAAAUUCAUAACAUUUCAUUUUAUUUUGCAUAAGUUCCUCUGAUUGCAUACAUCAUAGUGUUGUACUUAAAAGAUUAGUAAUUAAGUUUCACUAUUACUAAGAGUUUUUGUUAUACCAUUACGUUUUUUAGUUUAAGUUCUAGUAUUAAGUAUCCAACUUUCACUUCAUUUCUUCGACUUAUACAUUUUUGAAUAAUUAGUAAGAAGGGCGAUUAAAGACCUAUAAAUUAGGUUAAUAACUGUGAUUUAGUAUUAAAGCGUUGCUCAGUUAAAAUUUUAACGUACGUACAUACAUAAGUUAAUUUAGUUGAUUAUUCCAGCUAAUAUGUGUUACUAUACAUGUUUGCUUCUUAUGUAUGCUAUGUGACGUCUUGAAAACUAAAUUUAGGAAUCUCAAAUGUGUACAAAAAUAUAUUUUAAAUACCUAUCUAGGUACAACAAAUAACUGACAUCUAAAUGUCUACAGCUAUAUAUGUACAAAAUGUAAACAUUGUGGAAUGUUAAUGUCUGUGAUGAUUAUUCUAAGUAGAAUAGUUAUGCAAAAAGUUACAAUUUGCCAUAGGUAAUGUUUAGUUCAAACUAUUCUAACCAGCAAUACGAAUUUAAAUUCAUAUUUUUUCAGUUUUAUUAGUUGUUAUGCACCUCGUUUUUCUUUUUCAUAGUUUGUACAAUUGUUACUACUUUGAUAUUCUUAAGUUGUUUUGAAUUUAAACGAAUGUAUACUCAGUGAUAGAAAUAACUUUGAAUAAAUAGUGAACAAAUUAUUAAAA